GUUUUUGUUUUGAAAUUCAAAUCCAACAACAAAAGAUUCAAAAACUGUCGUCUUGUCCCGAACUAAAUUGUUUUUUUUUUCCAUAAUCCCAUAGGUAAAUAAACAGUUUCGCCGGGUGCGCUGAGAUGGCCAAACCGCGUCCUUGUGUGGUACCUUGCUGCCAGGGUGAAAAAUUCGAAUUGGUGCACAAGUUCCCCUUGGUCCGCGAACGUGCCGAACUGUGGAAAGCCAUUCUUAAUAUUCCGGCAUUAGCGCAACUUGAAGUGGAUGUGAUCCGAAAUCGAUACUUUGUCUGCAGUCGGCAUUUUCGGGAUUCUGACUACAAGAACAAACUCUCACGCAGUCUCAAUAUGACGUCAAAUCCUUCAUUGAAUCUGACCAGCCUCAGCGAUGCCGAAGGUUUGAGUCGAGUCGUUCCGCCAAUGUUGCGGGCUUAUCCCAAUUUCGAGCAGCAGCAGCCGCAGCAACAGCAGAAAGAUGAGACUUCAUUGUUAUCGCUGAGUAUAGAGCUUCAAGCAGAAUCUACUCCAGAGCCCGGUUUCAUCAAAAAUGAAUAUACCGUGAAUUCGCAACAAGCAUCCAAUGAAAUUGACACCGGUAAUCAUCAAUCCGUUGGAAUUGUGAGCGCUGAUCAACAAUCAACGCAUAGACACAAACGUCCCAUGCAGAACAAAACCCUAGCGGGAUGUACACCCGCAAAAAUAUUUAAGUUCAAACGAAAACUACCCUUAUCACCGGUUGUGGGAAAGGAAUCUGCUGCGCAAAUUCAUCACCCUCAUUCAGACCCAGUUGUGCUGAGAAAAAUAAAAGUGGCGUCCCCGCAGAAGAAAAUUGCUGCUGAGAGCAUCACUGAGUUGCAUACGAAAUUCACCAUCUCGACAGAAACCCAAACGGAUUUGGAAGAACCAAUACCGGUUGAGACUGAACCUCUCACGUUACCUGCCGAAAACCUGGGUGAGGUGAAACAAACCACCAAAGUUUUGGCACUACUGGAGUGCACUCCGGAGAAUUUACAAAAGCUGCAGCGCAAAAUCAAGGAAUGUAGCGAUGGGGCGCUGCCUUUCGAUGAUAAGCUAUUUUCAGACGUCAAUGAUGAGCAAGCAACAGAUAGCGCGAUGAAACCAACAGCUGCCGAUGAACAGCAUUUUCUCACGUUGCAAGCACCCGAGACGGAUCAGCCGGUGCGGAUGAGCUAUAUCUGGUUGCGAGAUCACUGCCGGUGUAAGGAAUGCUACAAUCACGAGACAUUCCAGCGAUCACUCUCGAUAUUCGACAUCCCAAACGAUGUUAGCCCAGCGAGUUACGAGAUUCGAGACGGGAAGCUGAACGUUUUGUGGAAGGAUGGCCAUGCGUCGAGCUACGAGCUGGACUUCAUAUUCAACUCGCAGUUCGAGGUGUACAAAGAAAUCCUCCAGCAGGAGCACAACCGGCCGAUUGUUUGGGAUCGCAAGCUGAUCAGUGCUUUCCCAGAGUACAGCAGAGUAACGCUGAAUCAGCUACUAUGCGAGGACGAGAUUGUUAAGCGAGUGGUCGAUAGUCUGGUCAUGUUUGGAGUGGCAUUCAUCGAGAAGGUUCCAGCCAAUCAGCAAAGCACUGAAAUUGCCGUCAGGAGAAUUUUUCCCAUCCAUAAGACGCUGUUUGGCGAGAUGUGGACUUUCAGCGACUCCAUGGACCACAGCGACACGGCGUACACUCGGAAGUAUCUUGGCCCGCAUACGGAUAAUACGUACUUCAAUGAUGCUUCCGGUUUGCAGGUUCUACACUGCAUCCAAUUCAACGGAACGGGCGGAGAAACGAUGCUAAUUGAUGGUUUCAAAGCAGCGGAGCAGCUCAAGCAGAAGGAGCCGGAGGUUUUCGAGCGGCUAUGCCAGUAUCCGGUGACCUCCGAGUACAUUGAAGACGGAAAACAUCACACCUACUGCGCACCGGUCAUUAAACGGAACAUACUCACCGGGGAGGUUGAACAGCUCCGCUUCAACACGUACGACCGGGCGGUGCUGAAAACAAUUCCCCAGCUGCAAAUUCCCCAAUUCUACGCGGAUUACAAACGACUUGGGACGGAAAUUCAAGACGAGUCGAUCGUGUGGACGUUUCAGCUUACGCCCGGCACCGUUAUGAUCUUUGACAACUGGAGAGUUUUGCACGGUCGGCAGGCCUAUACCGGGAAGCGUGUGAUGACCGGAUGCUACGUUUCGAGGACCGAUUUCCAGAGUGUAGCACGAACGCACGGUGUUAUCUCCUGAGAGUAACGGGAUGAAUGUUGAAGAGCAAUUUAAAUGUUUUUAAGUAGCGAAUGUAUUUGUGUUACUUUUUGAACACGAAAUAAACUCGGGGGGCUUUCGAAGUGAAUUAAA